GAAUCCUCAUUGAAGACAAAGUAAAGUAUCCGAAGGACGAGUACUACUUUCCUAAACUUAAAAAGACCAAAAAUCACAAUCUGUACUGUAAACACACCACAAAACUGUCACAUUAUCCAGCUAUAGCUCCAAAUCGAAUCUUCCACCACCUUCAAUUCCCAUGUGAUGUUCUCACACAACCAACAAAUCCCUUAAGCAUAUACUUAAACCCUCAAUUAAGCUUCCUCUCUCUCUCAAACUUUCCAUUACCAUUUACCACCACAUUACAAUCUUAACAAGAACCAAUCUUUACUUCAUUCCAACAAACCCAUUACCUCAAAAAACAUGUCACUUUCAUGUGGGGUCGAAUGUGUUUUCGUCCUCGGCUGUGCACGUUGGCUAUGGAAACGUUGCACAUACAUCGGUUCCUACGACAGUGCCACGUGGCCAUCCGCCACCGCCGUCGAAUUCGAAUCAGUGCCACGUGUCUGCCGACUCAUCCUCGCUAUCUACGAACCCGAUCUUCACAACCCACAAAACUAUAUACCUGCUAAUGGGUAUCGCUUGAAACCUGAUUGGGUUAUAAAGCGCGUGACUUAUGAAGAAACUCAAGGUCACGCGCCGCCGUAUAUAAUCUACGUUGAUCAUGAUCAUCGCGAGAUUGUUAUGGCGGUGCGUGGUUUGAAUUUAGCUAAAGAAAGUGAUUAUAAGACUUUGUUGGAUAAUAAGUUAGGACAACAAAUGUUUGAUGGUGGUUAUGUUCAUAAUGGGUUGUUGAAAUCUGCUGUUUGGUUGUUGAAUAAGGAAUCUGAGACAUUGAAGAGUUUGUGGAUUGAGAAUGGUUCUGAUUAUGGGAUGGUUUUUGCUGGACAUUCUUUAGGGAGUGGUGUUGUUUCUUUGUUGAGUAUUCUUGUUGUGAAUCAUAGGGAACGUUUGGGUGGGAUUGCUAAAGAGAAGAUUAGGUGUUAUGCUAUUGCUCCUGCUAGAUGUAUGUCGCUUAAUUUGGCUGUUAAAUAUGCUAAUGUUAUUCAUUCCAUUAUUUUGCAGGAUGAUUUCUUGCCUAGAACGGCCACUCCAUUGGAAGAUAUAUUCAAAUCAAUAUUUUGCUUGCCCUGCUUAUUAUUCUUGGUUUGCUUGAGGGAUACCUUCAUACCCGAGGAUCGAAAGCUGAGAGAUCCAAGGAGACUUUAUGCACCUGGACGAAUGUACCAUAUUGUUGAAAGGAAAUUUUGCAGAUGUGGGAGAUUUCCUCCUGAAGUGAGGACGGCUAUUCCUGUUGAUGGAAGAUUUGAGCAUAUUGUCUUGUCCUGCAACACAACAGCAGAUCAUGCAAUUAUUUGGAUAGAAAGGGAAGCAGAGAAAGCCUUACAAUUAAUGAAGGAUCAAGACAGCUCCAAAACCGUGACAGUCCCUCCAACAAUACAAAAGUUUGAGAGAUUGAAAACCAUAGAAAAAGAACAUAAAGAUGCUUUGGAAAGAGCUGUUAGCUUAAAUGUACCUCAUGCAGUAGACAGUGCAGAGGAGGAACAGCUGGAAAACAACGGUGAGGGAUCCAGUAGUAGUGGCGACAAAGAAACCGCCUCAAGUACUGAAAUGAAACCAAGUGGUGGAAGAUUAACCUGGGAAGAGGUUGUCGAAAAGUUGUUGAAGAAGAAUGAAACUGGAGAAAAACACAUCGAAGAGGAUACAAAUACACCACAUUGACAUCUUUUACAUGUUUUGGUAACAUUCAUCGAUAUAUUUGGUCCUUUUGUCUUAUAUGCAUUCUUGAAUUUGUAAAUUUUGAUGUAAAAAAUAUAGUUACAUCUUCAAGGGAAAAAAACUACAAAAAUUAAGAGAGAUGCUAUUCUGAUUGGGUUGGUUCUGAUAUUGUUGUUAAACUUGUGAUUUUCUGUGUUAUGAAAUUAUUCUGUUAUGAAAUUGUCAAUUUUUCGGUUGUGGAUAUUCAUAAUCAAUGCAAGGUACUCCCUCCGUCCCAUAUUAUAAGAAGAAAAAAAAAAUCAUUUUUUCAUGUCUUCAAUUAUAAGCAAAAAAAAUCAACUUUUAUCAUUUUCAAGA